UGUAACAAAACUCGCCGCCUCUCUUCUCCUCCUACUCCAAUAACUGUUUGGACCUCGAUUAAAUACUAGUUUUCUCUCUCUAGAAUGUUGUUGUUAUUUCUUAGUAACUGUGGGAGCUGGAAUUCUGAAGUCCGACUGAUCCAGUGAGUGAGGGGCCAGGUGGAAAACGGAGAGGGAUCUUUGUGUUGCUAAAUCCAAAAUCCCCGAUUACAAACUCUCAAAUGAGAAAUGUCGGAAAACUUAUAUUACGUCGGUUUGAUCUGUGGAACGAGCCUGGACGGGAUUGAUGCCGUUCUGGUGGAGAUCCCCUCUGAUGACGAGGGAGAUGGCAAGGAUGGGCGGCCGAACAUCAAAUUGGUUCGAAGCCAUUUUGCGACAUUUGAAGACAAGUUUGUGUCACGCAUGAAGAACCUUUCACUCGGGAUUUAUGGACCAGGCGAGGACCCGAUAUUCCAAUUGGGAACCCUGGACCGAGAAGCGGGACAUCUAUUUGCUCAAGCAGCCAAUCAGCUUUUGGCUAAAUCCCCUGAAAUUGGACCCGACAGAGUCAAAGCCAUCGGGAGUCAUGGAAUCACAGUCCGCCAUUGUCCCGCAGAGGGCCCGACUCCGAGUUUCACUCUGCAAAUUGGCGACCCCAACACCAUUGCCGUGGGCACGGGGAUCAACGUGGUGGGCGACCUUCGACGAAAAGACCUGGCUUUGGGCGGCCAAGGGGCACCCCUGGUCCCGGCUCUUCACCAAGCCAUUUUCUCUCAUCCCCAAGUGGCUAGAUGCAUAGUGAACAUCGGAGGGAUCAGCAACGUCACCAUUCUGAGGCCAGGCCAAUCGACUUUGGGCUUUGAUACGGGCCCAGGAAAUACGCUCUUGGAUGCUUGGUGCCACGAAAAGACGGGCAUGGACUUUGACAGGAACGGAGAAUGGUCUCAGAGUGGUCAGUUGAAUCCGGCCCUCUUGAAGCAUUUGAGAGAUGAAAGCUACUUUGAACUGAAGCCCCCCAAAAGCACCGGCAAGGAGCUCUUUAAUCCAUCGUGGCUCAAGGGCAAAUUGCAAUCCUGGACGAAUGCCUCUUCGUCACAUCCGCUUUCGGAUGUGGAUAUUCAAUGCACAUUGGUACAUUUAACGGUCACGACAAUAGCCGAAGCGUUGCGGGACGAGCGGGACAAGCUGGAUGGUGUCCAAGAGGUCUACGUGUGCGGUGGGGGAGCUCGUAAUGGUUUCCUAAUGGAAUUGUUGGACAGUGCCUUGGUGCCCUUGAUUGUGAGGACAACUAAUCAUCUUGGGGUUCAUAGUGAUUUCGUGGAGGCCAUGGCUUUCGCUUGGUUGGCCCAUGCUUUCACUCGGGAUCGUGCUGGCAAUUUACCCGAAGUGACCGGAGCGAAAUCAAAGGCCAUCUUGGGAGGACUCUAUAAAGCGGGUUAAUGAAAAAACCCACGCACACUUUAUUACAACGCUCGUGCUAAUAACCACCGGGCCAAGGGACCGCUCGCUACCCACUGCAACCACCAUAUGGGACAUGGAAAGGAUAACGGGGUCGGAAAUGAGGAAAGAAGAAUCAAGCUGGCAACCUAUUAAGUUGGACUUUCACCUACUUCCAACAAUCCACCAUCAUAUAAGCACGCACGCCUGGACGCUCUAACCUACUAAGCUCCCUUUCCUCAAUCUCGACCUUGUUGUAUGCUCAGGAAAUAAACCUCAUUUUCUCUCACAUAAA